UCCUGUUGUCAGUGUAAAUAAACUGUAUCCGUACUCCCAGCAGAGUGUCGGAAGGGAAAGAAAUGUAGCCACCCGCCUCUCGCUCUCUGACUCACCGCAUUGCUUUCCUCUUAGGCAAUGUCAAUCAGUUUCAUCCUAUGGGUUUGUUUUCAGCUUCGGAGCGCUGCCUUGUUUGGGUUUCAAACACUGGGAGGAGUGGUGAUUGUUGAUGCAUCUUCAUUAAGCUGGGGCACGAGAGUGAAAGGCUUCAUUGCUUGUUUUACUAUAGGAGUUCUGUGCUCUAUCCUGGGUACUUGCUUGCUAUGGGUGCCAAGGAAAGGACUAAUUCUCUUUGCAGUAUUUUAUACUCUGGGGAAUAUUGCAUCCCUUGGAAGUACUGUUUUCCUUAUGGGGCCUAUGAGACAAUUGAAAAGAAUGUUUGAACCCACUCGUUUGAUAGCUACUAUUGUUAUGCUACUGUGUCUUGUACUAACAUUGUGCUCUGCCUUCUGGUGGCACAACAAGGGACUUGCUCUCAUCUUCUGCAUUUUGCAGUUUUUUGCCUUGGCAUGGUACAGCAUUUCUUUCAUCCCAUUUGCAAGGGAUGCUGUGAAGAAAUGUUUUACUGUUUGUGUGUCGUAACAGGUAUAUGGGCUGUCUUGCAACGUUCCAGGAAGUACAUUAGAAAUAUGCGAACCAUUUUGUGUGUAUCUUCCUACUUGUCUUAACACAUGCCUUGCAGCUUGUAGUGGGAGGCUGCUUAUAUUAAAAUCAGCACAUGCAGGCACCUGUAAACAAUUACAUCAGUCAGAAUGAUGAAGUGAUGCUUUCUGUAACAUUUAGUCCAGCUCAGCUGAGCUGACCUCUAGAAUUCAGUUUUGUUGUUUUAGAUAAAUUAGGCAAAUCUCACAAACUGAAACAGAUAACCUUUAACGAGACAUUGUUAGAUUAAAAAUGAGUACCCCGCUGGUGUAAAGCAACACAACUUUGUUGUCUUCAAAGGAAUUCUAAUCAAUUUAUACCAGCAGAGGAUUUGUUGUAUACUAAGAGAUCAGACCUGCAAUUUGUGACCUCCUAACUCUGAAAUAACUUUAAAAUCUGUUGAGAUUUUUGUUUAAUUUUUGUACUGGAUAGUGAAACUCCUGGUCUGUUAUUGCUUUCUGGCUCUCUUUCAGGAGCUCAGCACUGCAAUGAUUGUAUUUGUAACACUACCAGAGAAGGGUUAAGUCUAAAUGGGGGAAAACUGUUUUACUGAAUAUUCUUGAGUUUCAUUUCUUUACCGAACUACUAAUGUUUGGGUUUAAACUACUGACACCGUGUCUGUAAAAUCUGUGUCUCUCACACUCACACAAAAGCAAUUGAUCAUCACUUGAAAGUGCUAAGAGUUCAGUGCAGCCAAGGUCAAAUGAGAGGCCCUUUUACUCAUUAGGGACCUGAUUUCUGCAGCCUGCCUGCCACAGCUUGUAGUAUCAUACAGCAGGGCAUGGAACUGCAUUUCUCACAUCAGGUUAGGUGCCCAUCCUGUUCCCAGCUGUAAGAUGGGAGAAACACACAAGCCAGGACUUGGUAGAAGAACAAAGGAAGAACAGUCUCAAUCUGUGAUCAGAAAACUCAGAGGUGCUUUCUAAAUGGUUUUUGUGUGUACUUUACUUUAAAAUAGGAAAGCAUUUCUAUACAUCCUUUAAAAUAUCCCCCCCCACACGCGUGCGCGCUCACUCUCUCACACUCACUCUCUCACACACACACACACACACACACACACACACACACACACACACACUGGCAGAAUUAGUGUUAGAAAAGGAAGAGACACUUCUUCUAGCUUACAGCUCUCACUGGUUCAUAACAUUUCUCUGCACAGGGAUAAGAGAUCAUUUAAAUCCCCCUGCAAUUCUAAUAUCACUUUGUGGACCAGAAGAAAUGCAUAGCUGUAUGAUCUUCAAGCCUCUAUAUUCUGAGGAGAGUGAUAGUAACCUCUGCUUGCUAUCAGUAAGGAAAUGAAUGCAGUUUAUGCAGUAUUAAACUGCCAACUUCGAACAAAUUAUACCUAAUGGUUGGGAUUUUUGACACAUCAGGUAGUUCCAAAACCACCUUAGCAUCCUCUUUCUCUGUGCCCUUAGCCAAAUUCUUUUGUGAGUCACUGUUUCCAAGCUAUACAGUGGUUCAUUGGAAAACUUGGUAUCAUUCAGUCCUUGGACACUGCCUCGUAUCUCUGUUGGAUACAUCCUUACUUUACUGGUACCAAAGCUUAUCUUUCAUGUUGUGGGCUGGGACCAAGUUCUGGGAAGAUGAUGAUCAGUGAGGUUUUGUAGAUGACUGCAAAAUAUUGGUGCCUUUUGCAGGGUUUAUCUUUUUGUCCCUUAAGGCCUUAUCUGCCCCACCGAUACAACUACAUCAGGAGUCUGUUCGCAACUUAUAACCCAAGGGCAAACAUUCUAAUUUGUAACAUAGAUAGGAUGUUACCCAGGGCUCAUAACCAAAUUAACCUUGGUCAGAUCAGCAACUAAACAGUGCAUCAGCCUAGUGAAGGAAACCGGUUUCAUGGCAUCCAGGAAAUUUUACUAGAAUCUGAGGAGUUAUGUAAAAAAACCCUCAAACCCAAAGUGUCCUUCAGUCAUUCUAGAUAGCUUUAGGGCUUUCCAUUGUCUUAGAAUCCUCUUCAAAGUCCAUCAUCCAGUUUAAAUGGAUAUCCAUGGGCUUCUUGUGGCUAAAGUUACUUUUUUAAAAAAAAUAAUUAAGAACAGACCUUUAAAAAUGUGCCUCAGCUAUGCUUGAAAGUAUGGAUGAGGUAUCAAAAACACGUUCCUCCAUAGUUUUGUCUUUGAGAAGAAAAGGGAACUUAAUAUGCUGACUCCAUUAUUUUCCCAUGCUUCAUCCUUGAAAGGAAAGAACAGUAAAGGACCCAAGAUAAACUUUCCUGUUUGUACCCUCCAUGGCUUUUAAAACCAGGGGUCAUGAUACAGCAGUAACUUCCCUUGGCCACCUAGGUUUUAGCCGAUAGUAUCCAUCUCUUCCCCAGGAAUAGAGACUCUGCAGCCUGGGCAGAUGCUCUGAUCUGUUUUGCAAUCCUGUUAGGUGGGGACUGGAGUGUUCUCUGAGAGAACUAUCUUACUGCUGUCUUCUAUAUGCGGAUCAGGCUGUCCUGGGGUCCCAUCCACAAGACACUCCACCAGAGAAGUGAUUCUGGCUUCAGGACCUUAGUAGCAUAGUGCUAAAGUGGCUGUGACAGGAGGGGUGCAAGUACUGACUUUUCCGACCACAAUAGCCUUACAUAGAGACUCUGGCUCCAAGUGGAACAGCCACCUCUUGACUGCCCAUGGUCACUACUUGCUGAGCAGGCACCCUCUUUGGAUUGAUUCAGACUUCCUUUGGCACUGAGAGUGGCAGCCACAUACUCUCAUGAAAUAUGUCUCCUGGGGGAGGAGGGCAAGUGUAAUAAUCUAAGCUCAAUUCAGUUAGGGUGUCCCUCUCAAAUCAUCUGCAAGUGGAGAGCUUGGGGAAAAGAAGAGACCAGGUGCCCCAUUCAUAUUGUUGCCUAUUGCUGUUCUUGAAGCUGGUGCUUGGCUAGUUGUACUGUCACUGUUAGAAAUAUCAUUCCCCCCCCCGAUGAUGAAAUCCAACUUUCCACAUGAUUUGCAGACAAGUGGAUACCAAGCAUAGUUAAGCAGCUGAGUUGUUUUGGGGGAGAUGAUUCUCAUGGGCUUCGUUAGUCUGAAAGCAAAACUCUGCUUAGACACAUACAAAAGCCUUAUGCAUCUCCCACAGACACAUUUGGUUUAGGCAGUUUGGCUUCUUUAUUUCAGCUGCUUCUGAGUUCUGAUUUUCAGGGAGCUGCCUUUUAAAAAUAUGGUUCCCUGGUUUAUUAUGCUUCCUUGGCUGCAUCAUAUUGUGGUAAAAACAGAAAGCUGGGAAUUAAGAUGUUAUGCUCCCAUCUCUUCCUCCCAACUAAGACAAGUCACUUAAUUUGUUUGCCUCAGUGUAACUGGGAUGUGAGCUACCUCCCAGUUUGUAUCCUGCCAAAGGAUCCUAUCCAGGUUUUUUUUUAAGAGUCUUUGCAAUGUUUACAAAAUGCUUCUGUAAGAGGCAAUUAGAAAAUCUAUCCCUUAAUGCCUUGCUGAAGUCCAAAUGUAUUUUUAGCACUCGUUUCUCUGAGGGAACUCGUAGAAAGCUCUAUAUAAGUAGCAUGGAGCUUCUUCAACUCCCACCCCCCAAAAGUGCUGUUAAUCAAGUCUAUCACUAUAGGAACCAAAACCACAAAAUCCUGUGGUGUAGGAUUGCUUGUUCCUGUUCUUCAGGUCACUCAUUCCUUGACCUUUUCUGCCUUCGUAAAGGGCUAGCGCUUGCCCUGGCAUGUUGCAGCAGAGCACACAGUUUCUAACUCAACCGGGACCAAACCUCAGUUUUAUACACUGGCUAGAACUUUUGUAUCUGCAUAUUAGUGACUUAGAACCUUUCUGCUCACUUUUUGGUGGAAUGGUUGAUUUUUAUUAUAAGUAGGGAAUUUAGGGUUUGGAGCUAUACAGUAACUUGUUACCAGCAAACCGAUUGUCUGCGUGUCUUAAAUUUCAGAUCCACAAGCUAACUGUUUUAGAUGCAGAGUUCCAUCCCUGCUGCUCUUCAGUCAAUAAGCUACAAGAAGUAAAUGUUAAUAAACAGUAUCUUGUGUAGAGAUGUUGAAUGUCCUUAAUGGAGAGAAGUCACAGGGGGGGGGACUCAGAACUUUGAAGGAAAGGGAGAGGGCAGAGGGAGUGGAAGUAUAACAACCACUUGAGGGAUAAUAGUGUUCAUGCUAUCCUCUGGUACUGCAAAAGUUUUCCAUGAAUGAAUCCUGCUUUUGUGGUUGGGGCGCUAACUUGUUAGUAAAGUCCCGAUGGAGUGUGUCUCUAAUAUGAGAAGCGGUCAGGUUUGUGGGUUCACCUCAAAUGGCUUUGCCUAAUAAAAUUGCUUUAUUCUAUUGAAACAAAGAUUUGUGACUUCCACUUACUUAUUAACAUCUCUGUUCAGAUUUCUACUGUUUGAUUGCCACUGAAUACUUGCCUUGUUAGUGACACACAUUACAGUCCCAUGUUUGUAAUUAACCUGUCCUAUUGGUAUGUCUGCAUACUACAUUAGCCAUUGCAUUCUACCUGCCCUGCAAGUACACUUCAUCCAUUGUGGUAGCAAACAAUACUGUAGUAAAAGUGAAAAUAACAAAAUUGGACAGUAGAAUACAUUCCCUGUGAACUCAUUAGUACUGAAAAGGAAGCUACUUUGGUUAGUAAAGCAGCUUUCUUGUGUGUUCUAAUUGGUGGUUAGCUAUUCAUGAGUAGUUAGGUGUCUUUCAACCACCAGGUCCAUGCAGUUCCUCAUAUUCCGCAUCUUUCUGCUGUGUGUAUGCCAAGAAUGCAUAGAAAAUAGCUUCAUUCGUUUAAAAAAAAAAAUCAUGUGUUUGGAUUUCAAAGCUUCUUCCCCUGGCGUAGCUCCUUCCUAACUUUACAACUACAAAGGCUGAGACUUUCAAAGAAGCUUAAGGGACAUAGGUUCCAAACUAGCUCUCUUGGGCACACUUGAAAGUCUCAGACCUGCUUGUCUUUCAUUUGCUGAAGCUGCAGUACAUGUUAAUACAAUGCUACUUUAACAUCAAUAACAAAAAGCCUUAAAUGCAAUUCUAGCCUGGAAAAUAACUUAAACCCAAAAUGCCUGACUUCUCAGAUUCGGUAGGAACAGAAAUCAGAUACGUCUUUUCAUCUGUAAAGAGCACAUUAAUUCUGGAGGGGCUGGGACACAUUAAACCUGGAAGCCUAUAUGCAAUUUUUAAUCAUUCUUCAGCAUAAGACCUCACUUUAAUGACACAUAAUGAAGUGCACUUUGAAUAUGAGACUGCCUAAGGCUUUUUUAGUAAGAACAGCUUUUUUAGUAAGAACUACAGCCAAAUUUACAUGUAGAAAAUAUCCAGUCUUGUUUAGUAAUUUUAUAGCUACUUAAUCAUCAAGACUAGUUGAUAGGCAGUUUUGAAACCCAAGGAAGUAUGUUCUGUAUUCUGCACCAGGUCUUAACUACAGAAAAUACCUUGUAAAAAUUCUUUCAAAUUUCAUAGAUGUAUGUUCCUGGAGUAUGCAGCAAAGCUGUUAGGACUUUGUGCAGCAUCUUGGGGUAAGUUUCAUUCAAGAAACUGAAGCACUAUGUCAAAUAUGUGUAAAUUUAGGGAGAAGAUUGCAUCUAUUUUAUCUUUAAAGGAGAUGCAAACUACAUGCUGGGUUACACUAUUGUCCACAUUUUUCUAUUCAAAACGCUGACUGUAAACUGCAUUGUAGAACUCUGGGAAGGAAGACAUAUUUGACCAGCCUUUGUGUACCAGAAGAUGACACUUUCUUGUAUGUGAUUGCAAUAUGUCAUUUUAACCUGUUCAGUUUCUAAAAAAUAGUUUUUGCAGUCAGUUCAAUUCCGUUCCUAUACUUUUGUCAUGUUACGGUCUCCUGGUUAGGAUCCACCACUAUUAGUCUCUGUAGUAUUCUUGUUUAUGGAUUCUAAAAACUGUUCAGCCAAAAAAUGCUUGUCUUAAUUGCAAAUAUGUAGGUGUUAAGAUCAUGGUAAAUCAUAACCAAACUGAGAGGGGAAGCAUAGCUGCAUAAAAUGGGGACAUUGCGUUUUAAAAAUCUUGUGCCGAGCUUUGAAAUAUGGUGAUUUUUUUUAAAGUCAUUUUGUCAAUUGAGAUUUUUUUGUAAAACAAGAUACUUGUGAAAAUCUCCACUAACUGUUUUGUAUUAUUGGCUUCUUGACCUUUUGUAUGUAUCUGGUCGUUUUGUCUGACUUUGUUCAGUAAACAUUUUUUAACUUAUUGCAAUUUUUUUCUGUAAUGGAAGCUACAUCCUAAGACAUGUGAACAUAAUUGUUUUUCAAUAAAGUUGACACUGCAGUAAA